AUGGACGGCUCUCAGUUCGCAGCCUCGUACGUCAAGCACCACCUCCCCUACUUCACUCCUACGGAAGUAGAGAAACUGUCGGAUAAACAGAGGGGAAAGCUGUCUUUCACGCAGGAGGAAAAGGCGAGACAACAGGCGUGCGGGUUUAUUGAAGCUGUGGGUGCGAAGAUCGGCUUUCCUCGGAAGACUAUUGCUACCGCACAGAACCUGUAUCACCGAUUCCAUCUGUUUUUCCCGCGCAAGGACUUCAGCUACUAUGAUGUCACUCUAGCCGCACUGUAUGUAUCAUCGAAGAUGCAUGACACACUCAAGAAGCCUCGCGAGAUCUUGAUGGUCAGCUAUGGGGUGCGGUUCCCGGAUCUUGCGGCCAAGUCAAAAUCUAUCGUCGGAGAGAUAGACAUGGACCCCCAGACCGUUGAGAUUGACCGCCAAAGGCUUCUGGCGGUGGAGCGCCUCAUGCUGGAGACAGUAUGCUUCAAUUUCACAUCCAGAAUGCCCUUCCCAUACGUCAUCAAAAUUGGAAGAGCGCUAAAAGCCACAAAGAAACUCACGAAGCUAGCAUGGCGUCUUACGAUUGACAGCUUCCGGACUCUGGUUAACCUUGAGUUUCCACCGCAUGCUGUCGCUCUUGGCUGCAUAUACAUGGCCGCGCUCCUCACGUCAUUCGAGCAAACAAUAUCCCCUAAUACACCUGACGCCGUCGUAAGCCAUCAAAUCACAAUGCAGCUUAAGCAGCCCGGUACAUGGGAGCGGCAGUUCCAAGCACACGUAGAAGACUUGGAAGAGGUCGCAUUCGCGGUGAUAGAUUUGCUCAUAGGGGCGUCUCAAAGUCACCAACCGAAUACGUCACCUACUACGCCGUCCUCUCCUUCCCCACAUCUCAGCCGCGCGCAAGCUGUAGCGAACGCAGUGCCGCCGUCUCUGCCGUACAGCACCGACCAGCUCAUCCGCCUGAAGAUCGUUAUGCGGCAAUCAGAGCAUCCUGCGCGACAACGCGAGAGCCUUACGCAUUCGGCUAAACACGAAGCGUCGCUGCUCGGUCGUAAUGAAGGGACGGUGCGGUUCCUCUUUGGCCCUCCCCAAGUAUCACCUACAUGGUCUACGUAG